UCCCUUGCCUGCUGGACGAUAUUGGGGUGUGUAAGGAGAUCGAGGUUCAAAGAGCUGUGUGUGCUCAGCAGCUGUAAUAAUGUUCAGUUGUAGCUGUCUUCCAGUAUGUAAAAAUUCACUGCUGAGCUCCAGCACACAGAUUUUGGCUUAUUUCCAAGCCAUUCAAAGCAGGAAAGCUGGUAACAACGGUCUUCUUUUGACUUCACUUUUUUUAAAAAGUUUUUUUUAACACACUGCUGUGUUGGUGCUACUUGGGGAAGUGUGAAAACACAGUCUCGGGCCAAAACUAGCACAGCCACUAUAACCACUUGGACUGCUGUGAAGGUUGCUGGCUGGAGGAAUUAAAGAUGAACAUCAGAUUUCGAAACACUUUCCUUCGACCCUCUCCUUCUGAUUUCCUGUGGAAAAAAAUGCUUGGGCUCUUCUUUCUCCUGUUGAUGUGCACAAUAGGUGCCUCUGCUUUCAGACUUCAGCAAGUCAAAAACAUAGAAAGCUGCCCAGAUCACACUGUGUUUUUCAAACACUACUAUGAACUGCAUGGAGAACCUGUGGUUCUGAAAUGUCCUUCCCCCAGACACAAACAUUUGGAUUUCUCUGCCUUGACCCCUAAUAUCACAUGGCAUAAAAAUGGUUCAAACACCAUGAUAUCAGGAAGAGAUGAAGAUUCAAGAAUCUGGGUGAAAGGAAAUGCACUCUGGUUUUUACCAGUGAUGUUAGAAGACUCAGGAGUAUAUAUCUGCACAAAAAGGAACUCCUCCUACUGUGCCGAGGUCUCCAUCCAUCUCACAGUUGUGGAGAAAACAGCUGCUCAGGAGAUUGCUUAUCCCCAGGUUCUCUUCACUUUCACCUCUGGAAAGAUUGUUUGUCCUGACCUGUGGGAUUUUACACCAAACAGGACAAGCCUGGAGCUCAAGUGGUACAAGGAUGCUCUGCCUUUGGAAGAUGACAAUGAAAGAUUCAUCAUUCUGAAAGGUUCAGCGUCUCUGAUCAUGACAUCUGUGCUACCAACAGACGCGGGGUAUUACACCUGCAAGAUGUCAUUUCCAUUUGAAGGCGUGAUGUAUGAAAUCACCAGGACAAUUCAGCUGGAGACUGUUGAACAAGAGAAGAGAAUUACCCCGAUAAUUGUGUAUCCAGCCCAAAAGACAACAUCAGCUGCUCUUGGCUCCAAGAUGACUCUCCCGUGCAAAGUGUUUGUUGGGCUGAGCAGCCAUUUCCAAACUGAUGUGGAAUGGCUGGCAAAUGACACCAGUAUUGACGUGGUUUAUAAACAAAGCAGAGUUACAGAGGGGGAACGACAAGAAAUUGUAGAAAAUGGUGAAAACUUCAUUGAAGUACCACUGAUUUUUGAUUCUGUUGAGGAAGUGGACUUUUACACAGACUUCACCUGUCUGGCCCAGAACACAUAUGGAUACCAAGUACUGCCAACAAGAGUCAAGCAGGAAGCUGUCGGUCUGUCCUGGUACAUUGCAAUGAUUCCUGUUGCGCUGGCCUGUGUGAUCAUGGGAGGGAUAUGCAUGCACAAGUGCUGGAAGCAGAGAGCUGAUAAAGGAUAUACAAUACCAAAGGUUUAAAAUCCACUUGGUUCUCCAACUGCCAACAGAACAAAAAAUCACCCUGGCUAUCUUUCAUUUCAGACACAGAGAGAGCAUUUCAGACCUGAUAUACUGGAUUCCCACCAGACUGAUAACAACAGCUCUUUCCCACUUUUCCCAGUCUUCUAUGAUCUGAUGAAGUCAAGAAUAUAAGUUUGCAUUUUUAUGCUGCUUAGAUGCAGGAAAUCUAGUUCUAUUAUUUGGCAACUAGGGUGCAAUCUAGAAUUUUGGAACAUAAAAUCGUGCUCUGGAUAUGGGAAGAGUAGGCAAAGGGAGGUGCUCUCACCCUUUAUAAUUCCAAUAGAUGAACUAUUUUUAAAAAGAAAAGGAAAAGAACUCCCCUAAAAUCUAAAAAGGGACGCUAAGGAAGCUUGUGACAGUAGAACUAUUUGACACUAGAGCGAAAAAGCAAUUUUUCAAUGCAAACAGACUAAAUUUAUUUUACUUCAGUCUAAAAAGAGCUGUUUGUUUUCCCUUUCCCAGAGCCAAAUGCAGUUGUCAUGGCAACUGUAUAUCUAUGAACUCCUCCACAGAAAAACUAAUUUUGUUCUCCAUUUGGAUCACCCUUUGCUUAAAUAGACUGUCUCAGAAUAUCCCUCUCCCCGAGAUAACUCCAUCUGUGUAACAGAUAACUGUACGCAGAAGAAUUCAGUUCUGUGUUAUCUACCAAUAUGUUGUAGCUGGAGAUUCAUAGGCAGCUGUAACAUGUUGUCCUCUUUGCCAAGGAAAGAACUGAAAGGAUGUUUAAGUGUUUUGAGAGCAAUUUGGCUAAUAAAAAGUUUUAUUUCUGGAAGUGAUUGGACAGAUUGCCUGUGAUAACGAACUGUCACACACUUUUGUGCCUCCAGCCCUUUUGUGACCAGUCUGGUGUAGCUUCGAAUUGUGUCCUUUAAAUUGCAGUAUGCAAAUUGGUUACAGAAGUUGCAAAACAUUGCCUGUUAGGUUAACCUAGCUGGAUUCUAGUCCUGACAUAGAUCAUAAGGGAGCAAUAAAUAAUCAGUGACUGUGUUGUACUUUGAGGGUCAGAAUGAGUAAAAUUAUUUGGUUACUUCCUCUCUUCCUCUUGAAAGACACCACUUAUGACAGCUGAGAAAUCGUUACAUGGUAUAAAAUGUGUAUUAUCUUCAUCUGUAUAGGAGGGAAGAGAACCUGCAUUAAGACCUAGAUCAGUACAGAUCCUGACGCCUCUCACAGGCAUCAAAGAUAAAGCUUUUUGUUCAUGUAAAUCAUCCCAGAGGAUUUCCUAUCUCUAGGAAAAAAAAAUCGGGAAAAACUUCGGCUGCAAAACACCAAAUUGUAACAUGCUAGAGAAGUGAAUGGCUCACAUCCAUCUGGGAGAGCCCAUGACCUUAUUCCUUUCCACCACCACUUUUAGUUGGCUCUGAGUUUGGCCCAAUAAAUAUCUGGAAAAUUUUAAAGAGUAGGAUGUGGCUUGAGUUUAGAAAUCUUCACUCGAUUAGCAAGAACAUUUAUAUGUAAUGAGGUUUAAACCAAAGCCUCCCUUUAAAUACUUUGAAUGUUUCUUGUGAAGAUACAGGCACAGAGAUUAGAGCUGUGACGCAGUUUAGGUCAAGGGCAUCCAGAGAACACCACAAGACUCAGUUUCCAAGUGUAGAAUAUUAAAGAUGAUAAAGACUACAAGUAUUUUGUGGGCAGAUGGGAAAAAGGUGGAUGCAAGUGUGGAGAACAGUCAGUCCACUUGGAUAUCUGUUCUUUGAAGGGAGAAAGCUAUAGAUGAACUGACCAAUGUUGGAGGGAGCAUUGAAAAUGUUUUAGGAGCAUCAUGAGUGCUCAUUAUUUUCAACCAAUUGCUAGUCUGUACCUAGAUAACAAAUUAGGUUUGUCAAUAGGUGUAAUGUUUUAAAAUGUGAUUUGCUCUUCCUUUCCAUCUUUAUCCUCCAAGAGUAGUGUGAUCACACACCUGGCUGUAGGUGCAGGGUUAGAUUUCACUCAGGACUGGAAAAGAAGCAGAACUUUUGGUAUAAAGAGUACUGGUGCCAUAAGAAAGUUAAAUACCUCAGAUCCCUCUCCAAAACCAGAGAAGGAGAAAAAACUAUGAAUGUAAGAAAAAAUGUACCUAAAAAUUAGGUAUUUAGAGAAUUGCUGUGACAUACUCAGUGGCAUCUUGAACACAAAAGGAAAGAAACAGAGGGUUAUCUUUUAUGAAGUGAUAUUUGAUUCUCUGACUACCAGUAUAAUAAUAUUCUGAAGGCUUUCCUUAUAAGUAGAUGCCUUCAGAUGAAGUACACAGUGUAAAUAUUUUAUAGAUAGAUUUGAACAAGUGACUUAUAUAAUGUAAAUGCUUUAAACUGAUUUUUAUCAUUAUACACAAGUGCAACAUGGUUUAACUAGGUUUUGAAAAUGUUAUGUGAAAAAAUGGAAAACAAAUAAAACCCAAACCAAAAUGCAGGUGUGGGGGUUGGGUGGGAAGAAAGAUGUGAGAUAUGAGAUGGCUCUUUGAGGAUGGCAGCUCCUUCCCAGACCUGAAAAGAAGUACAGUAUUAGGGAACAUCACAUCAAGGAUUCAGGGCUCUGCACCACAGUGUUUCUCUUCAGAAAAAUUAUGGAUGUGAUGAGGACAAGGUCACCUUGUUCCUGGGACUGUGUGGGUUUAUAGCACUUUCCAGAGAGCUAGUCUGUCUGCAACAGCUUCAGAGGCACACAACAAAGGGGAUAACACUGGUGUACCAUAGUCUUGGUAUGAGUUCAUAUCCAGGACAGAGGCUUCUCAUACAGAAGUUGUUUUCAGGAAACAUGAAUUAAGUUAACAACUAUUUUCUUGUUUUCAGUGUAUGUGAUUUUGGUGUCAUUUAUCCAUCCAAACAGGCAGCAUAACUAAUGUUUGACCAGAGUAGCACCCAAACCGAACCUAAAUGUAAUGUGAAGAGCACCAAAUAAUUUGAUCUGCUGGUUCCCAAACAAAACCCUUAAAUAAAUGUGGGAGCAAGUGGAAACAAGGGCUGACCUGCACAUAGAGUUGAUCUUGGCUGAUCAAGACAAGAAAGUUACAUUUUUUUAUCCUAGUAGUUGGGUAGGGAAGGCAUGCGUGCAGGAGGACAAGGACCUCCUUGUUGAAAUAUCAUUGCCAGGAAUAGUGUUUUAGGUAUGAACAGCUAAUUAAAGUGUUUAUGAUUAUUCUGCCUCAAGUAUGUAAAGCAACAGGUCCAGCAGGGCAAAACAAAGUAAAAAAUAGUUCUUAUGUUUUGGAGCUGAGAACUCCCUGUCCACUCAUAACCUUGCAGCUGCUAAAGAUAGCCUAGGGUGGGGUGCCUCUCAUCCAGCCUUCACACAGCCAAAAGGAAUACAGUAAUCCAAGAUAGCCACUGAUGUUUCCUCUCCACUCAGUACAAAAAGACUUUUCUCUGGUGACUAAAAAAAAGGGGAUGAAUUGCAUCUCAGAGGUAUCUGUCUUUUUCCACCACUUUAAGACAAAGCAAGAUGCAUCCAUUCUGCAUGGAUUCACGGAUACAGGAAUGACUGGUUGUGGAUCACUGGAUUUCAGGUUAUCAAAAAGAAACAGUCUAAAGCCCAGAGACACCUUGUCAUGUAGUCGAGGUUGCUGGGCUUUCUUGGGAAAUUACUUCAGUGCUGGCAGCUCUGUGCAAAGCAAGCACAGGCUCACACUAAAUACUGCGGGAGGUAGGCCCAAAGGUAUAUAUUGUGAAAUCCAACAUGAGAGAGAGGCUGAAAAUAUCUAGCUGUUGCCUUGGAAAAACAUUUGUGGCUCACAGACUGUGUGGUCAUGAAGUGCCACAGCUAUUACAGGAGGAAAAGAAAAGGCUGUCCUGUGUGCAUGGCUGAAGUACAGAGAGCCCUGCUGGGACCAGGAGGAGGUGUGCUGAGUGACUGCAGGUGAGCUGGGGCCUGUCACCCUUUCCACAGCUCAGCUCCCCUGGCAGACAGUGUCUGCCUGCUCCUUCCAGGCUCUGCUUCCAGUGGACAAACUUAUGUCAUUGAUAUAAACCACUUAUAUGCAUAUAUGUAUAUGUAUUCUGUUUUAGUGUGCUCAUUGCACUGGAAACUAUAGUCUCUAUCAGUCUAUACAUUACCUAGUAUACACAAUAUAAAUAGCU